AUGGCCACCGGAGCUUCACCGCUUUGGAAUUCUUCAAUUGAUCCCUCGUCUGGGAUUUUCGAAACGGGUGAUGGUAACGAUACAGCUAGUGGAUGGUCCUGGCUCCCGCUCGUAUGGAAUUGGUGGGUGAUUCUGCAACUGAUGUCCGCAGUGCUAGGUAUGGCCGGAAACCUCUUGGUCAUUCUUGUGUUGUACCAGUGUCGUGCAGCAAGUCGCUCUACCGACAUACUUGUCGGAAGCCUUGCUACUGCUGACUUCCUAGCAUCCUUUCUCAUGAUUCCGAUUCCACCCCAUCAGACGGUUCCUGUCUCAAGGAUAGGUAACGUCUACUGUUGGUUUGUAGGUAACAGCACGAUAAUGUGGAUCUGUUUGACAGCAUCCACGUUCAACCUCGUAGCCAUCUCCUGUGAUCGCUACUUUGCCAUUGUGCACCCGUUGCAGUUCAUGCGGUACGUCACCAAAGGCCGGGUUCGUGUGAGCGUGUUGUUGAUAUGGGCGGCUGUAUUCAUUCUUGUUGGACUCCCCAUUUGCAUCAGCUACGGGGUGGACAGCGACAAGAGGACAUGUGGAUUCCUGUUCGAAAGCAGCACCGCCAAGGCAGUGUAUGGAUGGUUCAUUUUCCUGCUUCGUCUCAUCAUCCCGACCAUGAUCCUCGUAGUCACCCAAUCCGCGAUUGCGAUCGUCCUCCACCGGGAGUCCAAGGCCUUUCGGAAAGAUGUCAAUGGAGCUAUGCAUUCCCAACGCUCUGUACACCUAGAAGCUCGUGAUCACGUCAUUAAACUCAUGCUCAUCGUCAGCAUCGCUUUCAUCAUAUGCUGGUCACCCAGUCAGAUUUUCUUCUUCGGUAUCAAUAUUGGGUUCAUCUCCUUCGAGUACCUCUACACUCCAACGCAACGUAUCUGCAAAGUGUUAACGCUAUGUAAUUCUUGUCUGAAUCCCAUCAUUUACAUCGCAAGGCACCCUCACUUUCGUGUGGCAGUGAAGGAGCUUUUUAACGGUUCUAAAGCCAUGAAAAACAGAGGCCCUAUCUUCGAGCACAAGACUGUGAAUCGUGAAAGCAGCGUGACCCUAUCUACCAUAGCUUAA